AUGAUUGAGAGCGAGGUGAUGAAUGCUAGGAUCAGACCAGGCUGUUGCUCGACCUAUGCCCAACAGCCACGUACACAUCGUUCAAACGACACCAUAGAUGCGUCCUUUAUCCAUUAUCUGGAGAACCCUGAAAUUCCGCAACUGUCAAGGAGUCUCAUGUCUAUGUGGAAACGCCCCAAUUUGAUAAGAAAUAGUGCGGAAGAGACAAGGAGAUUUACAGCUGCUAAAAGCGCAUUACGCAGUAAAGCCUCUUCGGAAGGUUUGAAGACCACUCGCUAGUGGCAACGCCUGUGAUUGGUCCGUCUGCACCGCGAUUGGCGAGCUCGGCAAUGGGCGGUACAGGAUUGAGAUCAGACCAGUUGCCGGCAUAAACCCGGUAACUUCCCGCUAAUUCCUAGUCCCAAGAAACUCCCAGACAAGUUCACCUACUUUUUAACCUACCUGCUUUUGUGCGAUUUCUUUCGACGGCUAGUCCACUUCCGACUGUUUCUAAAAGUGCAUUGCGGGAACGGUCAAAAGCUCUUAUACCUCCAACCACAGUGCCCAAACUUCGAAGCCGUACCUUACACUGCAGUCACACUGCGUUCGUUCCCGAAUUCGAGAAGAAGAUCUUUCAGACACUGACUUAUCUAUCAAUCGGUUUCACAGCUUUCGUUACAAACGCAUCCGUCAGACUGCAACAAACUCACUGUAC